UUCUAUUCUGGUCACUGUGAGUUAAUGCGAUAUCAUAUAAACCAAAGGGCUCCAAAAUGCAUGUCAAAUUAUACCAGUGACUAAUCCUACUCUUUUGCUAGUCUUUCUGAUUUCAGAUUACAGACCUGUGUGCUCAAGAAGUUCCUCCAGCUCUAAUUUGUAGGUACUGAUGUGAUCUUCAGCCAAGACUUCCUAAAAGCAGUGAUCUCCAUAUGCGCUCAUUGGCCCUGGGGAAAUAAGAGCUAAACUUGCCUAAGAGUGAAAUACUGAGCUUGGGCUAAAGCUGCAGCAAAGUUCACCUCUCCUCCUUUCCUUUCGUGAUGCACCGGGAGUCAGAGAGGAUCUAUUUAAUCAGGUUAAGAGACAAAGAAAGGCCACAAGAGAGAGCUGAACUGAUACAAAAUGCCACUUAAUGCCACUUAAUGACAUCUGUCACUUGAUGCUGGCCAAGCAAUACCUCUCAUCUCCUGUGGAGCAUCUAUUCUUAAGCAGGAAAUAGAGGUGAGAGAAACAACUGUCUGAAGAUGUUACUAGAUUUGGCUUUAUGAAUGAAUGCAUGAGGCAAUGUACCAGCAUGGAGACGGAUGUGAAAUCAGUAAGUGAGCUUUUUGAAUCCAGCUGAUGAAGUUGAUGGUUGUUCUUCUAAGGCUUCUUUGCAGAGUGUGCUUGUACAGUUUGAUUGAUGCCCUGUUGUGGUUUCUUUCCUUCUCUUUUCAUCUGAAAGUGGUGCUUUAAAGAUUUCUGCUCUGCACAAUGAGCUACUUCCUGUCCUACUGUAAAGGGCAUUGCAGUGCUGUGUUGUCUCAGUAUCAAACUCUCCGAGCAGAAGGCUUGCUGUGCGAUAUUUUGUUGAAGGUAAAAGAGAAUGAGUUCCCCGCGCACAAGUCUUUGCUGGCCUGUUCCAGUGAUUACUUCAGGGCCAUGUUCAAGAGCUACACAAAAGAAUCUAAGGAUGCCAUCGUUCACCUGCAAGUCGUCUCAGCCAUUGGUCUGCAACAUGUUCUGGAUUUCAUCUAUACUUCCUGGUUGCCCUUGUCUUUUGAUAGUUUGGAAGAUACCCUGGAAGCUGCCACUUACUUGCAAGUGACUGAGGCAAUUGGCUUGUGCAGCAAGUACCUGGCUAAUAAUCUUUCUCUGGAGAGCUGCUGUUUUUCCGCCAAUGUUGCUGCAAAAUUUUACCUUCCUGAUGCUUUAUCAGCAACUGGAAAAUAUAUAAUUACUAACCUCUGGAAGCUGCUGGAUCUGGAUUUUGCUGCAUUGCUUGAGCUGAACUUCCAGACUUUGAAAGCAAUAGCAGAAUCACCUGAUGUCCUCAUGGUCAAAGAGCAUGACUUGCUCAAUCUUGUGCUGAAGUGGCUGAAGCAUGAAAAAAUGAGGUUAACAUACACUACUAGCCUGUUGGAACAUAUACGAUAUGGUCUUAUUCCAGUGGAAGAUCUGCGAAAGGUGUACACACAGACAGAAAUACCACUGACAGCUCCCAUAAAAUGCCUAAUCAUAAAAGCAAUAAACUACCAUUCACUUACCUUUAGACAACCAAUUCUUCAGGAUAAAUACAGUACCUUGAGAAACCAGAAGACACAGAUUAUUCUCCUUGGAGGUAUGAUUGCACAUGAAGGGCCUGUCAGUGAUGUCGUAGCUUUUGAUGUUUACAACCACAGAUGGCAAACUUUAACAAAACUGCAGAACAGAGUACAAAAUCACUGUGUGUGUACAAUUGGAAACUUUUUAUAUGUAUUAGGUGGGGAAAUAGAAGAUUUGCAAAGUGAUCCAAAAAGUCCCACUUUGACAGUUACAAACAAAGUCCAUCGCUAUGAUCCCAGGUUUAACAAAUGGAUCCAAGCCACAGGGAUGCUGGACAAGAGAAGUCAAUUUUCUUGUUGUGUCCUAGAAAACAACAUUUUUGCUAUUGGUGGACAAGGUGAAAAUGGAUCAUUGCAUUCAUCAGUGGAAGUCUACAAUGUUAGCCAAAACAGAUGGACAAAGGCUCAAAAUCUGCCAUGUAAAAUGCAUGGUCAUGCAGGAACUGUUUACAAGAAUAUCAUUUAUAUAUCUGGCGGCAAACACAUGGAUCAAAAUAACACAAGUAAAGAUAUGUAUUCACUGAGUACUGUGGAAGGAGAAUGGACAAAGCAAGCCCCAAUGAGUAUUGCUCGGUUUGGGCAUCAGAUGGCUACAAUCAGAGAUACAAUUUUUACAUUUUUAGGGCUUUAUGAACCAUUCUCUGAAAUUGAAAUGUACAAUCCUACCCAGAAUCAGUGGACACGCUUAAGGCCAUUGGUUUAUGAUCGAUUUAGUUAUGGUUUGGCAGUAGUGGAGGAAACUGCACUUCUCAUUGGGGGGAAGAAGUGGCAAGACUCUCAGGAGGUUCCAACUCAGGAUGUAGUGGGCUAUGAUAUCGACAAUGACUGUUGGGAAGAAAUCUGCAAAGCUUCCUUGCCUUGGUAUGGAUUGCAGUGUGCAGUACUACAGCUCUCUGAAUUAGUUGAAGCUAAGGAUGUUCAACAACAAAACAACAAAACGUCUUGCUGAGCACAAGCAUCUCUGCA